AAGCAAGGAUCGAAAUAGAAAAAAAAUGUGAAAACCAGAGAGAGAGAAAUCAUGUUUGACAUAAACCAGGCUUGUAUUAUUGAGUUUGAUGGAGCAGUCAGGGGAAAUCCUGGACCAAACUUUUAUCCUAGACCAGGCUUCUAUCCUAGACCAGGCUUCUAUCCUGGACCAGGCUUUUAUCCUACACCAGACUUCCGUCCCAGAUUAGACAUCUAUCCCAGACCAGACUUUCAUCCCAGAUCAGACAUCCAUUCCAGACCAGACUUUCAUCCUGAACCGAACAUCCAUCCCGAACCAGACUUUCAUCCUGAACCGGACAUCCAUCAAGGACCAGACAUCCAUCCUGAACCAGAUUUCCAUCCUGAACCAGAUUUCCAUCCUGAACCAGAUUUCCAUCAUGGACCAGACAUCCAUCCCAGACCAGGCAUCCAUCCCCGACCUGGAUUACAUCCCAGACUAGGCUUCUAUCCUCGACCAGGCUUCUAUCCUAGACUAGGCUUUCAUCCCCGACCAGACUUCCAUCUUCGACCAGACUUCCAUCUUCGACCAGGUUUCCAUCCUGCACCAGGUUUUCAUCCCGCAUCAGGCUUCCAUCCCAGACCAGGCUUCUAUCCUGCACCAAACUUCCAUCUUAGACCAGGCUUCCAUCCUACACCAGGCUUGUAUCUUGGACCAGCUGGUGCAGGAGCUAUAAUACGUGCUGCAAAUGGGACUCAGGUCUUUCGAUACCGUGAAGGAUUGGGUGUUCAAUCAAUUCAUGUUGCCGAGUAUCGCGGUUUAAUUUUAGGAUUGACACAAGCUGCUGAUAAAGGAUUUAAGCACAUUGCUAUCCAUGGAGAUUCUUUGGUUGUUUGCAAUCAGAUUAUGGGUUUCUGGAUGGUCCACGACCCAAUUUUACUGAACUUAUACAAUGAAGCUGUAGAGAUGAAGUAUGCCUUUCACACAUUGAGGGUUAAUCCCAUUCCCAUGGAACAAAACACGGAAGCUGCAUCUCUAGCUAACAUGGCCAUAAAUCUCCAAAAUGGCCAAAUUGAAGAAGAAUUAAUGAAUCCAUGAUCUGUCAGCAUGCCACUGUCAAAAGCUAUUGGCAACUAUGUUACUUUUCUUGUACAGGCUGUAUCUAGCAACUUGUUCACACAUUUACGACUUCAAUCGCACAUCCGAAAUCGUUUCCACCGCAAUUUUUCCGAAGCUCCAAAACUAAACAUAUACUUUGUCACAUAACCAAACAUAUACUUUGUCAAUCUGAACAUGCCACAACAUGUAGAUGCCCACCAUUAGCUUAGAGGCUUUAAAAAAAUGCUACUAUGAUUCUGUGAACUGAAUCUAUUUUCUUCAUUUGAUUGUUUUGAUUUUAAAAAUUUUGCGCUAUGUAAUGACAAACAUGA